AUGUUUCCUGCCGCCACAAAGUUCUUUGGACGGGUGAGCCCGCCCGUGGGCCACUGCGUGUCGGGCGCGAGUAGGAGUGCCAUUGGCAGGCGGCUGUCGACGCUGGCUGUCCUGGAGCAGCGAGGCGGGCAAUUGAAGCACGGGUCAUUGAGGUCCUUCACAGCGGCCCAGAAGCUGGGAGGGCAUGUUCACGGUUUCAUUGCCGGGAGCAAGGUGACGGCUGCGGCGGAGGAGGCGGCCCAUAUGGAUGGCGUGGAGCAGAUCACCACCGUUGAGAACGAAAUAUACGAAAAGGGACUGCCUGAAAGCUACGCGCAGCUACUCGUCGACAACAUCAAGAAGGGCAACUACACGCACGUCGUCGCUAGUCACACGGCCUUCGGCAAGAGUAUCCUACCCCGAGUGGCGGCCUUGCUAGAUUCGCAGCAGAUCUCGGAUGUCACGUCUAUUGAGGAUGAAAAGACGUUUGUGCGACCCAUAUACGCCGGCAAUGCCAUUGCCACGGUCGAGUCGUCGGACCCAGUAAAGAUCAUCACCAUCCGGGGCACCGCCUUUGCGCCUGCGGCCCCUGGGUCGGGAUCAGCCACUGUUGUCCCGGGCGCGGACCCGAAAGCAGAGGCGACUUCCGAAUGGGUGUCCGAGGACCUCGCCAAGUCGGACCGUCCAGACCUGGCGACGGCGAGCAAAGUAGUCUCGGGCGGCCGUGGCCUCAAGUCCAAGCAAGACUUCGACAAGGUGAUGCUGCCCCUUGCUGAUGCCCUCGGCGCCGCGGUCGGUGCGUCACGCGCGGCCGUAGACAGCGGCUAUGCCGACAACAGCCUCCAGGUUGGGCAGACGGGCAAGGUUGUGGCACCUCAACUUUACAUGGCAGUGGGCAUUUCAGGCGCGAUUCAGCAUCUGGCCGGCAUGAAGGACAGCAAAGUCAUUGCCGCCAUCAACAAGGACGCCGAUGCGCCCAUUUUCCAGGUGGCGGAUGUGGGGCUGGUCGGCGAUUUGUUUGAAAAGGUGCCAGAGUUGACAGGAAAAAUCCGCAACUCCAAGGCGUAG